AUGGAGAAAGUUGUGAGAAUGUCUUCAGAGAAAGGAGUGGUUAUAUUCAGCAAGAGCUCGUGUUGCAUGUCCUAUGCAGUCCAAGUCCUCUUCCAAGACCUUGGGGUUCAUCCUAGCGUCCAUGAGAUUGAUAAGGACCCUGAUUGUCGUGAGAUUGAGAAAGCCCUAAUGAGGCUCGGGUGUUCCACACCGGUCCCAGCCAUCUUUGUGGGUGGGAAGCUCGUGGGUUCGACCAAUGAAGUCAUGUCGAUGCACCUAAGUGGCUCACUGGUUCCCCUAGUCAAGCCAUUCCAGGCCAAUCUAUGUUAA